AUGAGUGGGUUAGACAAGUAUGAAAAAAUUACCGAUAUCGGAAAGGGUUCAUUUGGCUGUGUUUCAAAGAUCAAAAGGAAAGCUGAUGGCAAGGUGUUGGUCUGGAAAGAGCUUAAUUAUGGCAAAAUGUCUGAGAAAGAGAAACAAAUGAUAGUCUCAGAGGUUAACAUUCUUAGAGAACUUAAUCAUCCUAACAUUGUGAGAUAUUAUGAUAGAAUCAUAGAUAGAGACCAAGCUAAAAUUUACAUCGUUAUGGAAUACUGUGAGGGUGGUGACAUCGCAACCCUAAUUAAAAAUUACAAGAGAAAGAAGGAGCACCUGCCUGAGGAAAUUGUUUGGAGUGUCCUAUCACAAAUGCUUUAAGCUCUUUCUUCAUGUCACAAUAGAAAAGAAGGCAAAAUUUUGCAUAGAGAUUUAAAGCCCGGUAACAUCUUCUUGGAUAAGUCUAAUAAUGUCAAACUUGGAGAUUUUGGACUUUCAAGAGUCAUGAAUUAGGAUUCAGUCUUUGCUUAUACACAUGUAGGCACUCCCUAUUACAUGAGUCCUGAAUAAAUAAAUGAUCAGAAGUACAAUGAGAAAAGUGACAUUUGGAGUACUGGUUGCAUUAUUUAUGAAGUGGCUGCUCUGAGAGCACCAUUUGAGGCAACAACUCAUUAUCAAUUGGCUAUGAAAAUCAAGAGUGGCAAGUUAGACAGAAUUCCUGCUAUGUAUACAGAUGAUCUCUGGAGAGUCAUAACAUCAAUGAUUCAACAAGAUCCAGAAAGAAGACCAUCAGUGGAUGAAUUGUAAAACCAUCCUUAAAUAUAAGUCAGAGUUAAGGAAUACAAACUUAGAUAGUAUAGAGAAAAACUAAAACUCAAAGAGCUUGAAAUGCAAAAGCGCAUCCAUGCUAUCAAGGAGAAGGAAUAAGAAAUAUUGAAGAGAUAGACUGAGAUGAAGGAAAGAGAAGAAAGAUUAAAAGCUCUUGAAAAGCAAAUAGAAGAGUAAGAAGAAGAGUAAAAAUAAAAACUAGCGAUGGCAAAUAACACCAAGCAAGAUUAAGAUAUGAUAAAGCCAUCAAAUUUAGGAACCACUGGUCAAAGGAUGAGUUCAACUAACAUAAACACUAGUAACAUAGAAAAUGAGAGUGGCAACUUUUGUGGAGCAUCGUAAGAUGGAGGUGUUGCUCAAGUCAAGGUUAAUAAUUCUUUCAAGUCUCGUAGGGGAAGCUUUAAAGCAGCACUUGAGGACAUUACUCAUAAGAUUGAAAAUAAAUACUUGUAAUGA